AAAAAAACAAAAUCAGCCAAAAAUCUAACCAAGAUGGACGUGUAGAUAUUUGUCCAAGUAAAAUAAAAUCGACCUGCUGACUUCAAAUGGUAUAAAUACCAACAAAAUGUAUAAUGGCAUCGGUUUGACGACGCCGCGUGGUUCUGGCACCAAUGGAUACGUUCAAAGAAAUUGGGCUACAGUGAGAAAAACUAAAGACUCAGUAAACUAUCGCACUGAAGAGGAAAUUGCCAAAUUAGAUUCGGCAUCCAACAAGCAGCCGAAUCGUGAAAUCUUGGAUCAUGAGAGGAAGCGGAAGAUUGAAGUGAAAUGUGCGGAAUUAGAAGACAAUCUUGAGGAAAAAGGGUUGCCCAAGGAGGAGAUUGCGGCUCGCGUGGCCGCAUUCAGGGCAAAACUCUCGGAGACAGGAGGCGUAGACAAGGACGUGCCCAGAGACGAAUUCGGGAGGGUAGCUGUACGGGAGACGCACGCGAUCGCCGAGGCGCAGCAAGAGAAAAACGCGCGUCUUCGGGACGCAUUUGGGAUUUCGCCGAGGUUUGUGGAGGGGACAAGCCUGGACCCCGAGAGGAGGGCCAGGGAGCACGCGCAGCGGUACCCGCUUGUCAGGACGCCGAGCAAUGAGAGGGAGGAACGGGACGCGCACGUCUCUAAGAAGAAAAAGAAAAGAAGUACCUCGCCAGACGCCAAAAAGCUGAAGAAGAAAAAGUCGAAGAAAAAUAAAAAAGAAAAGUUAGAGUCGAGCAAGAAAAAAAAGAAACGCUCGAAGUCACCCGACACGGAAAGCUCAUCGGAUUCCGACGCCGCACAGGACAGCGACUCAGCAAGCUCCGAGGAUGAACGACAGAAAAAGAAGAAAAAGAAAAAGUCGAGUAGCAGACGUCGCGGCAGCAGUGGUGCGUCAAGUAGAGAAAGCUCGCCUGUAAAAGUUGUGAAAGAGAAGACACGAGAUCGCAGAAGCGAUAGUAGGGAAAACGAUGCCCACUCCAAAAGAAAUGACAGAGAACGCGAUACCAAAAAGUAUAACAGAAGGGAAGAUGAAUCUAGUAGAAACUCCCGUUACAACGAGACGAGUAGAAGGCGCGAGGAACGCAGUCGGUCAAGAGACGAGAGGGAACGUGAUCCGUCACCGGAGUAUAAGCAGAGGUCGUACGUCUCCAGAGUGGAGAACAAGAAGAGAGAACCUUCUAGAGACUCCGGGAAAUCCAAGCCUGUAAAACGCUCCAAGAGAAAUUCUUCACCGGAAUCUGACGUAGAGCCCCCACCUAAACGCAAGAACGAUAAAAGAGACAAACGUUACAGAGAUCCCAGUUCAUCCCCUCCUCCAGAAAAGAAACGACGUAGGAGCCCCUCCGCUGAAUAUAGAAAGAGGGACGAAUAUAAUAGAAAAGAAGAGAGGAACAGUAGAAGUCGAAGAGAAAGUCCAUCUCGUGAUGACAGAAGAGUUAAUAAAAGAAGCGAGUCUCCAGAAAACAGGAGAAGACAAGAUGAUUCAUACAAUAGGAAAGGGCAUGAAGAAUACAAUAGAAAAGAUAGGGGAGAUAGGUAUGAAAGACAAAAGAGUCACGAUCGUUACGAAGAGGAAACUUCUAAACGUAAGGAGAAAGAGAGUUAUGAAGAACCUUCAAGAAGGAGAAAGAAUAGAAGUCCUUCCAGGGAUAAGCGGGAUACUUCGUCAGAUUACAAGGAAAAGUCGCCCGUCAAUAAAUCGCAUAGGAACAGAGAAUCUCGACGUGACACAGAAAAAAGUUAUAAAAAUUCGCGACCAGAACGAAAGUCCUCUUCUUCAGAAUCUGAAACCGAUCCGCCUCGAAAGUAUAAAGAAAAAGAACCAAAGAUUCAACCUCGUUAUUACAAAGAGAAAAGCAUGUCUCCGCGAGAAAAAAGGAGACGCAGUGCUUCCUCGGAGUAUAGAAGGAAAGAUUCUCCGCCGCCAAAAAGUCAAUCGGAUAAACCCAAGUCAAAAGUCGUAGAGAAAAAGCGGGAGCGAAGUAAUUCUAGGAAAAGAUCACCGUCACCUGAAAGGUCGAAGCGUAGGCAAUCGCCUAGUCCUAAACGUAGGAAGUCCCCGAGCAGAUCAGUUUCUAGAUCUCCCGAGCGAAAGAGAAAAGAUAAAAGAAGGAGCGUCUCGCCGAAUAAUAAAAUCAAAAGAUCAUCUGAACGAAAAGCGCCUUCGCCUCGACCAGAAACUAAGAAUAGAGAAGAAAAAGAUCGGAAAUCUGUCCGACGCGAAAACCACAGAGAACAAUCUAGAUCGGGUUCAGCGCGUCGGAGUUCCUCCAGUCUGAGCUAUUCCCCGGCGAGACGUAGCCCCGAAAGAUAUCGCGACAUCUUGGACAAGUUACCAGAGAAGGAUAAGAGGAAAUACAUUAAAUCACCAUCGGAUUUGAAAAAGAAGAAAGAGAAAGCUAAUUAUAAGCCUAAGUUGUCUUGCAUGCGGAGUUCUUCGAGCGAAAUGGAUGCUUCCGAAGGUGAAUUGAUGACUUUGGAUGAGAGGGCCCGGCAGGAUGAACUGAGCGGUUGGAAUAGGGAGUUGAACAGGUUGAAGAGGAAAGUGGCACAGAUGGCGCGAGCGUCUAUGGAGCGGAAGAGGGAGGAAGAAACUAACGGGCCUUCCACAUCGCAAGCUGAUCGCGAACCAGCCACUAAAGUGUUGUUGAGUCCUAACGUUAGGAAAUCUAAGUCAAAAUCACCGAAGAUUGAUAAAGAGAAGAGUCCGUUGAGUGUGAAGAAGGAUAAAGAUAAAUCGCCUCGCAACGAGAAAGAAAGGUCACCUCGCAAGGAGAAAGAAAGGUCGCCUUGCAAGGAGAAAGAAAGGUCGCCUUGCAAAGAGAAGUCGCCUCGCAAAGAAAGGUCACCUCGCAAGGAAAGGUCACCCCGUAAAGAGAGUUCACCGGCGAAGAGAGAUCGUGGUAGGAGUUGGUCGUCCUCGAGGUCGCGGUCAGUGUCAAGGUCGCGCGGGAAGUCCUCGCGGUCAAGAUCCGGGUCGAGGUCAAGGUCGAGGUCGUCGAGGUCAAGGUCAAGAUCUUAUUCGUCUUCGAGGCGUUCGCGGUCGUCUCGCUCUAGCUCGUACAGCAGCCGCAGUUCGUCUCGCUCGUCGCGCAGCUCCUCACGGUCUACUCGCUCGUCAAGAACAAUGACGGGCGUGUACGCGGAUUACCGUAGAUCGUCGGCGUCGAGGCCGAGGUCGCGCUCGCGCUCGCUGUCCAUCCCGCGGCGCGCCGGCUCGCCCAGCUUCCUGGACCGGCGCCGCAUCACGAGCGCACCCAUUAUAGAUCUAACGUAUCCGCAAAAUAGAUUCAAGUAUAGAAGAAGAUAAGUGAUUGUAACCAGUGCGUAUGUGCUAUGAGAUAAUGUUGGAAGCCAGAUGUAGAAAUUGUGCUAUUUAUAUGGACAAUAAGUGUGUUUCAGUUGCAAUUACAUAUUAUAUUCAAUUUGUUUUAUCAUAUUAAAUUUUUAUUUGUGAA